AUGUCUUCACCGUGGAAGAAGCAGCCGGAGGAGGUGGUCGACUGCGUUCUCAAGCGUGCAGAAGUCAGCAAGAUUGCCCGUCGACUGCAAAACCGUCUCGCACUGGCCCACCUCAAGACCAAGCAUGGCUGGGAGGACCUCACGCUCGACACGCUCGAACCGAAGAUGGAGGAGGAAAUGAGACGGAAACGCCUGCACGAUGGCGAUGUCAUGUCGGACUCCUCGUCGAGCGCAUCCGAUCUCCCAUACCCUACGCGGACUCUGAUGAGCUCGCCGCUUAAGGCACCGCUCUUUUCGGACGCCGUUGGCUCGAGCAGCGGGAGCACCGGCCACCGCAAACGCACAUACUUUGCAUCGUUCGAGCACAACACCUCUAGCCCCAGCAAACGAUAUCGUGCAUCGCCGACGGCGCACAAAUCCUUUUCUGGUCAUGCCACUUGGAAGGACAGCCAUCAGCUGGCGCAGUCCUCACCCAUCAAGCCUCGCAGGCUUCCGCACUUCACCACCUCUGCCGGUCCCGACGUGUCCUUUUUUCAGCAACGCCGCAUGACCAACGCACUGCGGUCUCCCAACUUUGCCGCACCAUCCGACGACGACGAUGAUCUCCCCGCGCAUUCGUUCAAUGUCAACAACCUCCGGUCUUCCCCUCCCCGCACGCCGCCGAUGCAGCCUCGGAGCAUCGCAAGCAAACGGAGCAAGGACAACCUGGACGGUGGAAACCAAGGCAAGACGGGCGAGGAAGGCGCCGACUUGUUGCUGUACCUGGCAGCCUCGCCAUCUCCGGCGGUCAAGACAAACAGAGGACGCAUGGAGCGCCUCUCUACGCCGCCUCCCAAGAGCAGCAAGCUGGAUCUGCCCUCCUCCAUGAUGACCACACCGGGCGGAGGCAACCUGUUUCCCAACACACCUGGACAGGGCUUCGACUUUUCCGACUUUGUCAACAUCUCGCCGAGUCCUGCACAGAAGCAGUGGAGGACCCCGGGGCGCGCCAUCGCUCGUACCCCGCUGAGCGUUGCAAGAAGACGCCUUACUUUCGAGGACCAGCCGCUGCCGUGA